CUGGUUUUAAUAAUGAUCAACGACACUCUUGCGUUCGGGGGAUUGGACUCGAAUGUUUCCGAGCCGCUGUCUCCUCUCUCUCUCAGCCAAAACCACAGUGCGCUCCGGCUGGAGUCCAAGUCCCUGGUCACUUCCGCCACGAUGUUCGCCGUGGGAGUCCUGGGGAACCUCAUUGCCAUAGUUGUGUUGUGCAUCUCCAAAAAGGAGCAGAAGGAGACCACCUUCUACACUCUGGUCUGCGGGAUGGCCAUCACAGACCUGUUGGGCACAUGCUUCACCAGCCCGGUGGUGAUCGCCACGUAUGUAGCCAGCCGUUGGCCAGGAGGAGCGCUGCUCUGCCACUUCUUCUCCUUCUCCAUGCUCUUCUUCGGCUCGGCCGGGAUGUCCAUCCUGUGCGCCAUGGCUGUGGAGCGAUACCUGGCCAUAAACCGGGCGUAUUUCUACUCCCAGCAUAUAGACCGGACGAUGGCGCGUUUUGUGCUCCUGGUCACCUACCUCGCCAACAUUGUAUUGUGCAUUAUGCCCAGUUUUGGCUUCGGGCAGCACGUCAGGCACUUUCCCGGGACUUGGUGCUUUCUGGACUGGCGGGCGAUGGAUCCGCUCGGAGCCUGCUACUCCUUCCUGUAUGGCGGCGUGAUGCUGGUGCUGAUCGCAGUGACAGUUUUGUGUAACUUGGCGGUGUGCAGGUCGCUGGUGGGGAUGAACCAGAGGACCGGAAUAGUCAGGACGGAGCUGUGUGAGCAGGGAGGUUCACGCCGCCUCUUCCCCCGGCUGCCGUCGGUCACCUCGGCGGCGGAGAUCCAAAUGUUCUGGCUUCUGAUCUUCAUGACCAUCGUUUUCCUGGUCUGCUCCAUCCCCUUAGUGGUGAGAAUCUUCGUCAACCAGCUAUAUGACCCAGCCUAUAUUUCUGCCGGGGGGAAGCCUGACUACCGGAGCGACCUGGUGGCGAUCCGCUUCGCUUCCUUCAACCCCAUAUUAGACCCCUGGGUGUACAUUUUGUGUCGGAAAAGCCUGUUGUUAAAGGGCUGCGAGAGGCUAAAGAGGACAGUGGCACAGGUUGAGGACGGCCGUAGAGACAACAUUGGCUGGGUAGGAGGUCAACACUCCCCGCCGUCGUUGAACAGCAAUGACACCAGUUACGCGUCACUGCGCACGGCCAGCUACAGGAACGAUGCGGGACACCGGGCGUCGAUCGAAAAUCAGCUUUUUACAAACCUCGAAAUGAGACAAGCGUGGGAGUACGACACCGCCCGGGUCAGCUUUCACCCGUUCAGCGUCGAGCCGCGCGCGGUCCUCGGGUGUGAGGAGGAAGGAGCAGCUGAUCCCAAACGGGUGGUGGAGCCCACGUCUUCCCCAGGACUCAGUCCAACACCGCUGUUCUCUGCGCACGUUGGAAGGGUGGACAUUGUCACCUGCACGUUCAGCACACCGAGCUCCUGUCAGUCGCCGAAAUGCCUUUGA